AUGAGAAAAAAGCCAAUCAUGGCUGAAAGUCAUAUAAAUACACUUAUCAUAGGCCUUAUGUUCUUGGUCGUGGUGCAUUGUGACAAGAUAAAAGAAAUUGGUGAAGUUACAUACGAUUCACGGUCUUUGAGGAUCCAUGGCAAUAGAGAGUUCCUCUUCUCUGGUUCAGUCCAUUAUCCUCGUGUUCCCGUCGAGGAAUGGGAGGAUAUCCUCGACAAAUGCAAAGAAGGCGGCUUGAAUGUUAUACAAACAUACAUCUUUUGGAAUGUGCAUGAACCUGUUAAGGGCGAGUUUAAUUUCACAGGCCAAAGUGAUGUUGUAAGAUUCCUUAAACUAAUUGCUGAGAGAGGCAUGUGGGUUACCCUUAGGGUUGGGCCAUUCGUUCAAGGUGAAUGGAAUAACGGAGGAUACCCAUAUUGGCUAAGAAAGGAGCCCAACAUCACAUAUCGAACGGAUAACCCGACAUUCAUGAAAAGUACAGAAAGAUGGGUGACGAAAGUUGUAUCUUUAAUGAAGGAAAACAAGCUAUAUGCGUCACAAGGAGGUCCAAUUAUUUUGUCUCAGAUUGAGAACGAGUAUGAUCACGUUAGAGGAGCUUUUAGAGAUGGAGCUGCAGAGAGGUAUAUUAAUUGGGCCGGAAACAUGGCUGUUAGUCAGAUGACUGGUGUGCCAUGGAUCAUGUGCGAGCAAAAAGAUGCUCCCGGAGAAGUGAUCAAUGCUUGCAAUGGUAGACACUGUGGAGAGACAUUCGAGGGUCCAAAUGCACCUACUAAGCCAUCUUUGUGGACUGAGAAUUGGACUGCUCAGUUUAGAGUUUUUGGAGAUGUACCUUCUCAAAGAUCAGCUGAGGAUACUGCUUUUGCUGUGGCCCGCUGGUUCUCCAAGAACGGAAGUCAUACCAACUAUUACAUGUACCAUGGUGGCACAAACUACGCAAGAACUGCUGCCGCCUUUACUACCACUCGCUACUAUGAUGAAGCUCCACUUGAUGAAUUUGGUUUGAUAAGGGGACCCAAAUGGGGACACUUGCGGGAUCUUCACCGUGCUAUAACACUUAGCAAGAAGGCUAUAUUUAAAGGGAGAUAUGGUGUUGAAAAGUUCGGCCCGGAUUUGGAGGCACGUUACUACGAGAGGAAGAAGCUUUGUGCAGCUUUCCUGUGGAACAACAACACUCAUGCAAAAGAAACAGUGAAAUUCAGAGGCAAACAAUUCACUCUUCCACCCAAGUCCAUCAGCAUCUUGCCUGAUUGCAAGACUGUCGUCUUCAAUUCAGACUGCAUGGUAGCGCAACAUAGUUCAAGGGAGUUUGUUAGGUCUGAGAUAGCUAAUAAGAAUCUGAAUUGGGAGAAGACCACUGAAACUUUCCCAUCUAAAGGUGAUGUUUACUCAAGGAUGCCCUUGGAGCAGUUUCAUACUGCUGAGGACAGAACUGACUAUAUGUGGUACAAAACUAGUGUAGAAUUGGACAGUGUUGACUUGCCUUUCAGAAAAUCCCUUCAACCAGUCUUACAACUUUACCAUCUUGGUCACUCCUUGCAAGCCUUUGUCAAUGGACAUUAUAUAGGGUCCAGCCAUGGAUUCCAUAGAGCUCCUUCCUUCACUUUCCAAUCACCUGUCAAAUUAAAGGAAGGUGUCAACAAUAUAUCCAUUUUGAGCAACACAAUGGGAAUGCCGGAUAGCGGUAGUUAUAUGGAAAGAAGGUGGACAGGGCUAAAAUUUCUGGAAAUCCAAGGUUUAGGUACAGGAGAACUUGAUCUUUCUUCCAAUGGGUGGCAUCACACGAUUGGUUUGAAAGGAGAGAAGCUUCAAUACUUUACUGAGGAAGGAGCACAGAAAGCCAAAUGGACCCCGGCAAAGGGAGCUGGUGAUUAUCUUACUUGGUAUAAGGCACACUUUGAUGCCCCAGAGGGAGAUGAUCCGAUAGCUAUCAGGCUGGAGAACAUGACCAAAGGUGUGGUUUGGGUCAAUGGCCGAAGCAUAGGACGUUACUGGUCGAGCUUCCUCACAAUAAGGAACGCGCCCUCUCAAAGCGAGUACCACGUUCCAAGAUCAUACCUUAAGCCUAAGGACAACUUCUUGGUUAUCUUUGACGAGGCUGGUGGGAAUAUCGACACAGUUCAAAUCGAGACAGUGAACCGAGAUGUGAUUUGUAGCUUAAUAUCAGAGGACAUGCCACCCAGCGUAAUGUCAUGGAAAAGGGACGCCCAUGAUAUCCGUGCUGUGGCUGAAGAACCCAAGACGGAGGCAACACUUAGGUGCCCUAAAAAUAAAGUCAUUAGCCGCGUUGAGUUUGCUAGCUUCGGCAACCCCUAUGGUGUUUGUGGCUUCUUCCUCCUUGGCACUUGCAACUCUCCGAACUCUCAAAAGAUUGUCGAGCAGCUCUGUUUGGGAAAAGAAAGCUGUUCGAUUCCAGUUGAUAGGGAUCUUUUUGACAAAGGCAAGAACAAUUGUCCUGAAUUACCAAUCAAAGGCCUGGCCGUGCAAUUGAGGUGCAGCCGCAAGGUUUAAUACUUAUUGAGGUCCUAAUUUGUUUCCCUCUUUUUUUCUUUUUUGAAUUUGUAUCCCUUUCUUUUGUACUUAUUGAUGUUGUAAGUAGAUUAAAAUGGUCACCUUGGACCAUGAAAAAAUAUAUCAAAACUUGUUUGAUUAGAUAGAUUAGCGCCCGAAAGAGGUGAGAACAUUAGUAGCUCAUGCAAGAGGAGAUCAUAUUUUGAACGAUAUGAAAUAUGUAACUUGUACAAACUCAUUUUUUU